CAUAAGCACUUCGUAGCUCAACUUUUUCUCAAAUAAUUUGAUAAUCAAGGCAUUUUGCCACGGCUUUCGUAGUCUCUGUUUCUCCUCUUUCGUGAGCAAAAUAUUAGGGCACGAUUCAUCAUCUGAAUCACAAUCAAGCGGCAAGGCGUCAUCCGAUUCAUCGUCUCCACCAUGACUGUCAGAGGAUGAGAAAAGCGCUCUUUCUCCCCCGUUCCUUUUGGCCAUGUUGCUAUGUGCAACUUUCUGACGAAAUUGGGAGGAUUCCUCCCUCGUUUCCUCAACACACGUGCCCAUCUUAGUGUCCUGACCUCCAUGACUAGGGUCUGGCUGAGUCUCCGGUGAAUUUCCCGGUGUUCUUUUGAAUUUUUCAUUCGAGCGUCUCAUUUGGUCUUCUUCCUCUGUAGAGAGAAUUUUUUCUCGCCUUUCCAUUUUUUCUUUAAAAAAUAGAAGAUUGGAAGACAGAAAAUGACGAACAUCCCUUCAACACCUCUCCUCCAGUCCACCGUUUGUUCUUCACCGGCGACCAAAAUCAACGAGCCAAAAACUAUGACACAGAAUUGCGUUGCAGAAAAUCAACGUUCAAUCUCCAAGCAAAGAAAGAAGAGGAGGUGGGAUCAGCCUGACGAAUCUUUUGUCUCUUGUGGAGUUUUACCUGGAAUGCUACCCAUGAACACUGUAGGAUGCUCUGGUAUAUCUCUUCCAGGAGCGGCUUCAGCUUCGUGUGCUGCUUCAACCAGUUCCACGAAAGCUUCUUAUGUUAAUAUCCAGGCUUCUGUUCAACAACAAGCUGCUGCUGUGGUCCAAAAACUGAUUGAGCCGAAGAUUCAGGAUGAUCUCAUAAUUGCAAGAGAAAUUGUUAUAAAUGAUGCAGAUCCAGCUAUGCGUUACAAGCUGACAAAACGUCUGACACAGGAAGAGAUUCAAAAGUGUACUGGUGCAGUCGUAAUAACUAGGGGCAAGUAUCAACCACCCAAUGCAGUACCAGAUGGUGAUAAACCACUUUACCUUCACGUAUCUGCUGGAGCUCAUUUGAAAGAGACAUCAGAACGAAUCCUUGCAGUAGAUCGUGCGGCUGCCAUGGUUGAGGAUAUGCUGAAACAGGUAUCUCAGCCAUUUAGCACAUGUAUCUAUUUGGGCUUUGAUGCAGAUCCAUCACUAAACAUGGUUGCAAGGAUACGUGGUCCAAAUGAUCAAUAUAUAAAUCACAUUAUAAAUGAAACAGGAGCAACAGUUGUACUACGUGGGCGUGGUUCAGGGUAUCUUGGGAACAUUCAGGGUGAAGAGGGACAGCAACCUUUACAUUUACUGUUGUCCAGUAACAAUCAAAAGAGCCUUGAAGAUGCAAAACUUUUAGCGGAAAAUCUUUUGGAUACAAUCAGUCGAGAGUGUGGUGCAAAUAGGGUCUCAUCAUGCAAAGUUUAUGGUGCUGUUCCACCCCCACAACAAUUGUUGGUCGGCGUUCAGAGUUCAGGGACUGAAAUGCAACCAAACUUGAGUUCUGUUGCAACUUCAAUGCCAGGAGUAGCUGUUCCUUCGGUUGGAGCAGUGGUUCCAACUUCCUUUUCUUAUGGGCAGGUAGUGCAACAUGGAGCCUUGCUUCCUCCUGGCCAUGCCCAAACAAAUGGGCUUCCCUAUUCCCAGCCACUGACGGCCUGUACUAGCUACAGUGCAUAUGCUGGAAUAUAUCCGCAGGCCACACCUUUGCAGCAAGUGGGAUUAGCUAUUAGACAGUCAGGACCAGUCUCCUCUACAGUUGAUCCUGCUACAUCAACCUCAAGGGUGAUGUCAAAGAGCUUAUCAGAGUCAGAAAAGCGUAAGCGGAAAUUCAAAGAGUUGCCUGCAGCUGUAAAUAGAGUUGCUGUCUCCCAACAGGGCAACAGAUUUCCAGGUAUUUUCUCUGAUUUCUAUGCAGCUAAUAGGCCGAUAUGGACUGUUUUCACAGGAUUUACAGCUUCAGUUGGGAGCAAAUCUAAUGAGGGCUUCAAGUGCUUCUGCUCCUUGUUCUAUUGGAUCAGUCGUUUUGAUUGUUGGCUUUUAAUAUGUGUUUUUUUCUACUUUCAUUCUUCUUGACUCUAUUCAUAGAGUUUCACAUCUCUCAUUCUAUUUUGCACUUUUGGAACAACAUUUUGGCAGCAGCCCUAGCUGCACCAAUUUUUUCAUUGCUCAGUUUCUAGUGCCUUCAAGUUUGCCAUAAAUUUUUUUCGUUUCCUCAUUUCUGCUGUUGCUACAUGUGUAGUUCUUUAAAAAGAGAAUAGGUUGUUGACAAUUCGGUUUUGAUCACCCUUAUGAAUAUGCAACAAAUUCUGAACAACCUAUUCUCUUUUUGCUGACCCUAUAUGCAACAAAGGGCGAUAAACAAACAAAUCCCAAGCUAUUCUAUUUUUGCUGAAUUAUUAUCUCCCUUGCAUCACCAUCUCUUAUUUAGACUAUAUCCGUUGACCUCUGCUUGCUACACUUCUUCAAUUUCUUGCAAGUUCAGGCUAUCCCCUCCUGCCUUCCUGGACUAUAGUAUUAAAAUAUUUUGACUUCAUUAAGUUAAGCAUGGAUACACUUUUACAGAGCAAUGACAUCAUUUAAGCUCAAAUUUUAGCUUUGUUUAUUGGGUUUUUGCCAUUUUAUACUCGUAAACAAAUUUGUUUUGAUUUUCAAUUUGUUACAGGAAUCAGAUCUUCAGGACCCAUGUAAAAAAGAUACAAGUCUUCCACCUCCCUCUUUGAAGAGCAUGCUUCCUCCUCCUCCUCCAAAGAAUAGUUCUACACCUUUCCUGGAUUCAAGAAGCAUGCUUCUGUCACAAAAUCCACCAAAGAGCAUGCUGCCACCACCACCUUCAUCAAAGAGCAUGCAUAAACCUUUGCCUAAGUUUGAUUCACCAGUCUCUGUCAGUAAAGUGAACGAUAGGGACACCCUUUGUUGCAGAGCUUAAUUGUUUUUUCAUGAAUUACCACCUGGGGGAAGAAAAUUCCUGCUAUGAAUGUUUAAAUAGAGAAAAACGAUAAAAGUAUAAUGUUUUUUUUUUUUUUUGGUCGUUUCAGAUACUUUAGUGAAGCUAAUGGAAUAUGGGGAUGAUGAUGAUGAUGAUGAUGUUGAGGAAAGUGAGAAAGAAUCAUGUAAGAACAGCGCCAAUCAAGUUGCCUCUUUGAAACCAUUCUGGGCCGUGUGAAAUGAUAUCUGAUGCAACGAAACUCAAUGAUUUUUACUUUGAAUCAAAGAAUUCGUCUAUCCAGACCACGUGAAUCAAAGACAAGCUCCGGUGACAGUUUUGCAGAAAUGGACUCGCGGUGCUCCUUGUUCAAAUAACAAAGAAUCAAAGUCAGAUUCCAGGAUCAUUGUGGAUUUCAGAGUUGGCAAGGUCACUCUGCUUUGCUAGUUUUAAUGCAUGUUGUUGCUGUAUGUUGUAUGCUUGUAUCAAUUAGUUUUGGUUGAUGCUAUAUUACCAUGAGAAAUCUCUUUCUUCCCCUUUCAGCAUUAAUGGAUUGGAAGAAAGGAAAAUAUGCAGAUUGUAAUGUCAAAUUUUUUAAUGAAAUGUUCAGCUAGCUCAGUAUUGAUACUGCAGCAUAUUGUCUGUUUUUA